GGCGACUUUCCAAGCUGAAAUGGAACCCAACAUCACAAGUGGAGUACGGAUGAGCAUCAGAAUGUUGAUUCACUCAGUCAUCAAAACCCGAAGCUUCAUCGCAGACUGAGUCUGAUCUGAGCUGAGACACAGUGAAAAAUCACUUCUUGUUUUAUUGAUUGUUUUGGUUGGUUGGUGGUUGAUCAACUUGCUGACUUCUCUAAGUGUGUACGGCCGGAGUGACUUGUUGUAGAGUUUUAAAAUGGAGCCUAAUGUGGACAAGCCAGAAGAUACUGACAUGGAGGCCACGAGUUCAGAGGUCUCAGGUCUCAAAGAAGAACUUGCUGAGACAAAGGAAAAGCUGGCAACAGUUCAGGAGGAACUUGCUGUUUCUGAGGAGUCCAGAAACAAGUUGGAGAAAUACAACGAGGAAUUGCUAGAGAAGGUGGAAACAUUGAGUCAAGAAUUACUUGAAGUCCGCGGAACUCUGAAGAAAUCUGUGAAGGAUGUCAGUUGUCAGAUAGACCCAAUAAUUGAUAUGACAACAUCGGACGUAACCUCGACAGAUAGAGUCGUCCCAUCAGAUUGGGUCAUGGAAGAACAAACAGCUGGUACGUCAUCUCAGUCUGUAGCUGAUAGUGUAAAGGCUGCCGCUGAGGCUGCUGUUAAUAGGAGUGGCUUUGUCUUGGAUACAACGUCCGGCAUGUACUAUGAUUGCAACUCCGGUUACUACUACGAUCAGGUGAACAAACUAUAUUACGAUCCCAACUCUGGAAUUUACUACUACUUCGAUGAAAGGUCUUCCUCGUACCAGUUCCAUUCUCAAGUGGAACUCCCAGCAUCCUAUGGGGCAAGACAGAAGCAUUCUGGGAAGGGUCGGGGUCGAGGUUUCGAGAAGAAGACCGGGAAAAGACGAGUGGAGGAGACAAGAGAGAGGAAAGACAGCGCUUAUGAUGAAGACUGUGAAAUUGUCGAGAUGGAACAGGAUACCAGACAAGGACAGAAACAGAAACGCAGAAGGACUGGCUUGUUGAUCGACCUCGGCAGGAGUCCCGAAGAAAACGAGCGCGUCAAAUCUCGAAGAGAUCGACGCGAGGUUAAACUGAGGAAGAAGCAUCGCUCUCAUAGUCAAGAAGAAGUGCGUGGUGAUGUUGAAGUGGUCAAAAGUCGACACGGUCAUAACAGGAGAAAGCAGUCUAGAGAAAGAAGACGGAAACAGCGACUCGAGGGACAUUCAAGAAAGAAAGCUAAGAAGUCGGAAGGUAAACGGCGGAGGAGUAAGGAGGAUGACCAUAGUUACCAUCGCACGCAGAAUGAGCUCAUGGUGACGGAGGUGCUGUCUGAGGGUGAGAUUGGAGUGGACGAAGGACCCGAUGAAGAGGUUGAAAGUAACAGCCAAGUGAGACCUGAACAAGAAGAUGAGAAACUUCAUUCUAAGAAGGAUCAGAGACCCUUGGAAAAUGAGAAAGUUAAGAAGGCAACUCAGAAAGACGCCCAAACCAGUCCCGAAACAGGAAGGGGUAGCUCCGAAGGAUCAACCGCCAAAGAUGACUCGCAGAGUGGGGAAGAGGUUAAGACGGACGAGGACAAAGGUCAACAGGCCAAAUGUCAGGGGUCAGCAGAACAGGAAGGAGACAACGCCGCCGUUGUUCCCAAUCUUGAAACAGAAGCGGGGGAAGUGGAACCUGCGACAGAAACGAAUCUUGAAAUUGGGAGCAAAGGCGACAAAGCAGAGGACAAUUCCUACGAGGAGAUCGGUGAAGAUGUUAUGAUUAUUGAGGAGGACGGAGAGGAAUUUAUCGUCUUAAGUUCGGACGAAUUGGAAGAAGGAGAGUUGUCGGAGAGCGAGUCGUCUGGGUCAGACUUCAGCGAUACCAGCUCUUACGAAUCUGACAGCGAUAUAUCGGAUGACGAGUUAGAAGAAAUAGAUUUGGAUUCUGAUAAUUCAACUGGAAUAGAAGUUUUGAAGGUGGACUACCCGCCGUGUAUUCGGAUGAUCGUGACCAAGUCGGAUACCAUCAAACCACUGGGAUCGCUCUUCAUUGUUACAUGUUCAGGUGGAACAAUUGGAAGAGAGGGCAGCAGUCACAUUUUGCUAAUUCCGAGUGUGAAGGUGAGCAAGCGUCAUGCUCAGAUUGUGUACGAGUCCGAAGAACGACAGUACACCAUCAAAGAUCUUGGCAGUCAGAAUGGAACGAUAAUCAAUGGCAAGGCAAUAUCAGAGCAACGUGUGGUGAGUGAACCACAUCCGUUAUCUCAUCGUGACUACAUCACCAUUGGAGGUACUACGAUUAGACUCCACAUCCACGCUGGGGACGAAACGUGUGAUGAAUGUGAACCGGGACAGGUGCAAGCAUUGAUUGCAAUCCAGCAACAGAAUGAACCAGGGACUGCAUCAUCGAGCACUAAGCAAGACAAGGAACAACAGCGCAAGAAGGAGCUUCGGCAACUCAAGAAGAAAUUCAACCUAACUAAGGACGACUUUGUGAAUAAGGAUCCGUCCUUGAUGAACUCUGCAUACGCUGAUCGAGCGGGUGACAGACGUCGUACAGUAGGAAGCGAUAACCCGUAUCAACCGCAUGAUGAGCCUGCUUCAGUAGAUAGAGCGAUAAGUUCCACUAAUCUUGGUCAUAAGUUGCUGUCAAAGAUGGGUUGGUCAGAGGGUCAGUCGCUUGGCAAGAACGACCAAGGAAUCAAAGAACCGAUUAAAGCAAUGGUCCACACUAAGAAUGCGGGUCUCGGUGCCGGCAUGGUGCAGAGUCUCGAUCAAGUGCCGUUUAUCAGACGCAGAAAUAACGAGAAAUGGGAUCGAGCACGAAAGCGUUAUAAUCUCGUCAAUCCGCCGGGGUCUUUCAUAACCAAGGCAGGGCGGCACAGCAAGCGCCGCCGGCCUGGGUACAAGGUGGAGCAGACAAGUUGA